AUGGGCAACUGCGACAGUCAGGUCGCUGAACAGCUCAAGAAGAACCGCAUGAUCAAUGCCGAGAUCAUGAUGGCCAAGAAGGAGGACGAGAACGUUGUCAAGCUCCUGCUUCUCGGUGACUUUAUCUCUUCCUCAUGAAAACUAUCGAGUAUAGACACUUCUCUCGAGUUUCGUUUGAUAUUCUCAGAAUCAGUAGCCGACCACCAGUCGAAAAGAAUGUCUCAGAGAUUUUUCAGAGAAUUUCCUUUUCAAAACGUUUUUUUACAUUUCCAAUGAACGUGAUUCGGUUUUUACAUGAUUAUUGACGAUUUCAGGGGCUGGCGAAAGUGGAAAAAGUACAAUAUUAAAACAAAUGAAGUAAGUUUUUUUUUUCAAUGUUAGAGAGAAAAAUUAUUUUCAAUCAAAUUGAGCAGACGCCUUCGAAAUAUGUAGCGGAAAUUCUGAUCCUCCGUUUCAAAGUUUUUUUUCUAUAAAGUUGACAUUUUUUACUGUGUAGGUUCAGUGACGUGGGGAUGAACUUCGAAUUCAAACACUUGAAAAAACUACAUCAGGACAAUUUUUCGUUCAUUCAAUAUUCAAUGAACUUUGAAAGAAAUCUUUCUACACUUACAGUUUACUGAAUAGUAAACUUUGAACGUCGAAAUUUUCAUCAAACUUCAGACUCACCAAAAGUUUUUCAACAAUUUUGAUUUUGCAGAAUGACUCGGAAUUUCCGGAAAAGUUAAAUGUAAAAUUAUCUCUUGAGGUUGAAUAAUCUAGAGCGCCCGGCUUCAGAAUAAUCCACGACCACGGAUUCUCAAAGGACGAGAGUAUCGAGAAGAAAAACGUGGUUUUUGCGAACACUGUGCAGGCGAUGGGAGCGCUCAUCGACGGCUUCCAGGCCCUGAAGCUCAUCUACAACAACAAGCAGUGCCAGGUCAGUGACGUCUUCAUCUCCAGCCCAGAGAAGGUCUCCAGGACUUCGCCGCGUUCAUCCGGAAGACUUUAGAACUGAAAGAGGAGUUCCGACCGCUCACGGAAGAAGUUUACAAGUGGGAACUUCCGUUCGGAAUGUCUACUUCUUGCUUUCCUCUUUGCAGGGCAUUGCGAGCACUCUGGUCGGAUAAAGGCAUCCAAAUCGCCUACGAGCGAAGAGAUGAGUUUUAUCUGCACGACUCAGCAAAAUAGUGAGUGAUUGAAGUUGCAGACUUCCCGCGAGACAAACCUGCCACAAAAGGAGUUCUGUCGUUUUUUUUUCUAUAGAUGCGACACAAUGAUAAUGACAGAAAAUUGUUCAUUUAUCAAUCACCACUUAUCUGAAAAUUAAUUACAAAACUUUUCCCAUCAAACUCAAACUGAAGCUGCCAUACUAUGAGCUCGAUGACUUCCUGAAACAGGGGAGUGGUAUAAGUUUCAAACUUUCUGCAAAAUUUUUUUGAGAAUGGAUCUUUUCGAGAUUUUUUAUCCAUUGCUGAAAAUUCGGGACGUCCUAACAUGUAAGAAGCCAGGAUUUGAGAAUGCUCAAAAUUUUUAUCCAACUCAUGAAAUAGUCUUUUCGCCAAUUUCAAGGAUAAUCUGAUGGCGUAGAUUCUGGCCAUUCUAACUUCAAAAAGGUGAAACCGAGACUUUUGCAGUUUUUUGGAUUCUCUGGAGCGGAUAUACGACUCGGGAUACGUGCCGACUGAGCAGGACAUCCUCCACACGCGGAUACCGACGAUGGGAGUCAUCGAGGUCUCCUUCAACAUGAAGAACAAGCACUGGAGAGUUUUCGACGUGGGCGGUCAGCGAUCUCAGCGCAAGAAGUGGAUCCACUGCUUCGACGACGCCAAGGCCCUCAUCUACGUCGCCUCGCUCUCCGAGUACGACCAAGUGCUUCUGGAGGACAACGCAACAGUCAGUCCCUCUUCCGGUUAGAGCUCUGGGCCACGUGAGACGGUUUCCAGAAUCGGAUGCAGGAGUCUCUACAGCUCUUCAAGCAGGUCAUCAACAACAGAUAUUUCGUCAACACCUCCGUCAUUCUGUUUCUCAACAAGAAAGAUUUGUUCGCUCAGAAAAUCGGACAUGGGAAACCAUUGAAAAUCGCGUUUGAGAAUUACAAUGGUCUGUUUGCAGCACAGAUCCUUUGAGUCGAGAGAUUUGCAGGCCCAGAAGAGUACGACGCGGCGGUGAACUACAUCGAACGGCGGUACCUGGCGGCCAACGAGAACGCCGACAAAAACGUCUACGUUCAUCACACGUGCGCCACCGACACGGAGCAGGUGCAGUUCGUGCUGGACUCUGUCCUCGACACCAUCCUCUCCACCAAGCUCAAGGGCUGCGGCCUCUACUGA